AUGUCAAAACCGGAGAAGCCAGAGCAAAUAUCUUUCCCGCCAUCGCAGGUCGAAAGAGUCGGUGUCAAGGUUCCGCCAUUUUGGCCUGAAAAGGCUCAGCUAUGGUUUGCUCAACUUGAGGGACAAUUUACGCAAUACGCAGCCGAGGUUGAAGACAUUAUUUUGAAACCACCAACAGAGAAUAAGUAUGAAACACUGAAAUGUACUCUCAUCAAGAGAGUAUCGAUGUCAGAAGAUCGCAAGUUAGAACAGUUACUGGACAGAGAAGAAAUCGGCGACAGACGACCAUCGCAGUUUUUGCGUCAUUUGCGCGCACUAGGCGGGUCAAAAGUCGACGAUAGUAUUCUCAAGAUAUUGUGGAUCAGGCGGCUACCAGAAAAUAUUCAAGCCAUCAUAUCAGCACACGACAAUCUCGAGUUGGAUAAAAUAGCAGACAUGGCGGAUAAAAUCGCCGAUAUAUCGUUGCAGCAUCAAAUCCAAGCGGUUAGUAAACAAGUUCCAUCCACGUCUAAAGAAAUAAAUCAUACCAUUUCAGAACAAAUUUUGGAGCUUCAAAACCAGAACGCUACAUUAAAUUCGAAGAUUGACUUGUUAGCUAAGCAAGUUGAAGCCCUCACCCAAGCCAAGUACCGAACCUUACCAUCGAGGUCGAAGGUCGUGCAUCCAUCUCCACGUGGCUAUUGCCAGUACCACUCAAGAUUUGGAGCUAAAGCACGGAAGUGUAAUGAACCUUGUUCAUUUAAAUCUUUAAACUUAAACGACAGUCAAUGA